AUGUGCCUGCUGCUGCUCCCCAAUGGGCGCCGUGAGAGGGGGGCCCUCACCAAAGCCUUAAACACGGUGUGGUCUUCUGAUGCCCCGUUGGUUAGCUGGGACCCCUUGUGCGGCUUGUGGUCCUUGCCUCGACGCGGCCCGCUGUUCGAGAAGCAGCGGUCGGCUUGGCGCUGCCACCGGGUUGCAAACAGGCCUCCAGACCCGGCUGCCGAUGAGGACCGUCCUGCUGUGAGGCGCCGUGUCGCUCGUGAGGGGGCUGUGCCCGUUGACUACUUGGCUUCUCAUAACCUUGAUGCCUGUCAGGUUGCUCGCACCGCUUGGGCCCAGUGCCUUGCUCGGGCCACCUCAACCGCCUACACUCUCAACACUGCUGCCUCUUGGCAGCCCGUCCUCAUGCUCCCCAAGGCGGUCCUGUGCACCCCGGCUCGUGGGCACUGGGCACAGGCGGCUCAGGCCACCAAGCGGCGGUGCCAACGCUGGCUGAACGGGGAAAGGGGGAAGCUGUGGGAUGAAGUGGACGUGCUUCGCCGCCCUGGAUCAUCUUCCGCCCCAUCGCUUGAAGCUCGCCAAGCCCGAUGCUGUCUUCUUGCCGCCGAGGGUGAGUUGUCCCGAGCCUGUGCCACCUUGGUUGACCCACCCCCUCUUCCGCCCAGCGCCGAAGUGUUUGAGAAGUUGCGUGCCAAACACCCGGUGUCCGCUCUCCCUGACCUCGCCCAGCUCGGGCUCGCCCGCCCAGCGGCCGUACCGGAGUUUGAGUCGCAAGCUGUUGUCCGAGCUGUCCGCAGUUUCAAUCGCGCAUCUGCGCCCGGCCCCUCCGGCUUGCGCCCAGAUCACCUGCGCGAGGCUUUGCAGCAAACCGCCCACGCCGACGAAGUUGCCACGCACCUUGCGUUGCUCUCCCAUGCCCUUGUCAAGGGAGCCGUGAACACGUGCCGGCUCUACAGCCAGGCCUCACAUCUCCGCUUCGGGGAGCGGGUCAUGCCCUCUACCACUGGUGUGCAACAGGGUGACCCCUUAGGGCCCUUGUUGUUCGCGCUAGCGCUGCAACCCGCCCUUCGAGCUGCCGCGGCUCACCCCGUUGAUCUGUGCUUCAGCUACCUUGAUGACGUUGUCAUCGCGGGGUCCGCGCGGCGCAACACGUUGCGCACGCGCUCCGGGAUCUUAUCAUUGCGGCUCGGCGCGCGGGGUUGCAUCUCGAGCCCAGCAAAAGUCUCCUCGUCCUCAACCCUGCUGCGGCGUCACAUGUUGACAUGUUGCUGUUCCCCUCCGGCAUACCCGUGGUGGUCGCCCACUCCUUUGAGCUUUUGGGAGCUGCCAUUGGCCCCGACUCAUUCUGCCAGCACCACAGUGCGCAAGUUGUGGAGAAAGCUCCUGCUAAAAACUGGACGGGCCCUGCCCAGCUUCUGCUACGAGAUGCCCCCGCACUUCGACGUCCAUGGCUUCUACCAAGGUGCUACGACAUUCUGCGGACGGGGGGCUGAGCCACAGCAUAACAACAGCUACUCAGUGGUGGAGCUGGAGCGGUCCGCCUUCCGGAUGGCGGCUGCAUGGGGUGAGAACGGCUGCGCCCUUGCCCGUGACGAGGAGCAAGUGCAAGAGCUGCACGAGCCCAUGCAGGAGCUGAAAUCGGCCUUCUGUGUGGUGGGCGACAUUUCAAAGGCCCACCGUCGCUACAAGCACCAGGCUUCCGAGCAUGGCUUGAUGGCCUGCCAGGCGGAGGAAGAAAGAGAGCUAGCUCGGGACGAAGGUCAGUCGAUGGUCUACGUCAACAAGGUGGGGACCUUUGGCCUAUCACCCGCGAGCUACUGGCGUGUGGGAUCCGCCUGGUACCUCAUGGGAGAGGGCUACCCCCUGGAGCUCCUGUUGUAUGCCGACGACUUGGAAGUGGUAGGGCUGGGCGCUAAGGGGAGGCAAGGCAUCCCCAUGUGCUACCUCCUGCUGGCAACGCGUGGUGGCUUUCGCGUGGAGUGGCUGGGCAUGGAGACUGACUACGUGGGCGACAAACUGGGUCUGUCCAAGAGGAGGGCAGACUGGCUGGUUGAGUGGCUACGUGGCAAAGUCGCUGCUAGCAAGGUGAGUGCGACAGAGAUGUCCAGGGACUGGGUUUUGCAGCAACCGCGCGAGAUUGGGAACGAUUGGCACUCGCCGGCGUUGUUAUUGUGUGUCAUUGUCUAA